AUGGUUCAAGCAAGUCUAUCAUCUGGCAACAGUUGGUACAAAGCAUGUUCUGUUCCUCCAGGCACUCUGAGAUCUCGUGUGGUAGAUUUUGGACGAUCAUCACAAACUGGGCAAUGGACCGCCUUCAUGUUCCAAUCAUGGCAUAUUCUCUUCUCUCUUCCAUUGCUAACCUUUCAUACUUUGAAAAUUAUUGUCACCGAUUCAACGAAGUACUCAUUUAUUGGUUCUAUUCCGGAGGCCAUGCUCGCUGCCAUCUCUGCCUCGAGUAACGUACUCCAACAAUACAGGAAGCAUCGGUCUUCAGGUCUGAGGGAGCUUACCCCAGCCAUGGUUCGCUCUAUUGAAGAGGCUGAGAAACCUACAAAAAGAGGUAAUAAACCAGAAACCCAAAAAGAGGCACAAGUUUCCAAACCCACCAAGGUGAAAACCCCUCUGAAGCGAAAGUCUGAUCGGGCUGUUACCUCACCUCCUAAACCGAAGAAGCUGAAGAAGCCUGCUAGGAGGCUAAUACUACAAUCUUCGAGUGACUCAGAUUCUGGGUAUGUUCCUCCCCAACAUAAGAUUGCUUCUCCUUCGGCAUCUGAGAGUGAAAGCUCUAAUGAUGAGGCUUUCUGA